AUGGGUGCCUACGCUCCCGUCACCAUCCAGACAUCUCUUGUUGAUGCGUCAUUCCCAGCGUUAGCCCUAAAAGCGACUUCUUCCAUGGCAGCCGUCAGUAUAUCGAUGACAACCCGUUCUGGUCGGUCUUCCAGGAAGCAGCCUCUAAGAUUGCCUAUCAUUGCCCCCAAGAGUUGUCUGGUGAGCCCCAGCGCCGGCUUGGACCCUCCGACGCCCAAGAAGGUUUCGGUCCGCCAGCACCGACUGCACUGCGCUUCCCACCCCGUUCCCGAACUGGUUGCUGGACGUGUAGAGUGA